AUGCCACGUAUUCUGCCACGUCUCAUCGCCAAGCUCGCCGACCAACCUACACAGCAGCAGCAGCACCAACAAUUUUUCGUAAGGCGAAAACGACAAUUUUCACGGCACGAGCCUGUACCGCCACGCCCUUCUUUUGAUCCCUCGCAUUACUCAGAGUCCAUACUGUUAUUGCCCGACAAUCCGAUUACCAGUUCUCAGCAAUAUGUGCGACGUAAAACUCUGCCGCCUCGUGUCUUCAUCGCGAAAGGUGCUAAGCCACGGCAGGGAAGCAUGGAGAGUCCUAGAGAGAUGACAGCAGAGGAACGAAAGUGGUGGUCAUCGCCAUACCUACGAAUGGUGUCUUCUUCAACUAGGAGAUGCAUGGUCACUCAACAAGAUUUGCCGACCGAUUUUCUUAUACGCCUUGGAUUAUUACGAUUACCUGCCCCGAGAGCCAACCGCUCCGAUAGCAGGAGUAUCAUCAUGCCUGACGGACUUGAGCAUUCCAAGUUUGCCACACGCAGGUCAGGCAGAUCCACGUACGUCCUAUGCUGGAAACGCAUCUUCGAUAAUAUGGACCCAAGUCAGUCACAAAAUGUCUUUGCGUAUCUGUUUCGACGCGUUACCACUAACCCCCAUCUGCAUUCGCUUGUAGUUAAGCAGAUAUCACAUCUUUUACGCGUCCGUAUCCUGCAAGAGCUACAGUUACUAGCAGAUCAGAUGGAGUGUUGGCCCAAACGGAACCCUGUACCGCCAAUAUUACGGAGACUCACUCGUGAAGAGUUCAAGGACGUCAAAUCUACAGGAACCAUUCCUUACCCAAACGCGGUCGCUCUAUUGGUAGUUCCACCCUUAAAGUCCGACCCUCAGUCGAAGAGAAAAAUAGAGGGCUCAAUGUCGUCUUUACCCUUGACAGAAGAGGAAGAAAAAGUACCCCCUGGUGUUCAAUGCAGGCCGAGCAUACCAUUGUCUACUCUGUACCCGUCAUCUUCUGGUGAGAUCACUGCGGCAGAUCUGUCGCAGCAGCUUUCUGGUCCGCAGGUGCCAUUCUAUAAUGGUGUUUCUUUGUUUCCCGCCCGGCCUCAGCGUGCAUCAUUGCAUGCUUUGCUCCUUCGAAUUCUGACCAUCGAACGCCGGGCCCGAUCCAGCGCUGUGAGAGCUGAAGCAAACAGCUUGACUAGCAUGAAAAGCGCUAAGGGCGAUCAAAAAGGGAGCCACGCAUUUCUUCUCUACUCUGAUGAUGAGACAAUCAAGAGGGGUGACUCAGCUGCCAUUGCUGUGGCCCUCUGGCGACUGAGGAUGUUCGAAGAAGGAACGGAUUGGGACGAGAGUAGCCACUGGGUUUUACGUCGGAAGUACCGCUCAGUCGAUGUACUCGAGUAG